CGAUUUCUGUUCUGCCGCGGUGCUUCUUUUGGAUACGACGCAUGCGCAGUGGAGCCGAGUGCUGUUUGGACACAGCGCAUGCGCACAUGUAAUAUUUCAGUCCAGGGGUCGCUUCUCACAUUUACUCGUCUUCCUCACGUCUUGACAUUGAAAAGAAGAGGCGGGUGGGCGUGAUGAGGCUGACGGCCGUGCUGUCGUUCGCCGCUCGGGUGGUGGUGCCCAAAGAUUAUCGCUACGGCACCAACAGACCGUGGACUGUGGCUGCCAAGCGACUCAAUCCCCCGGGCAAGAGGCGGAAGAAGGUGUUUGUGGAGCCCAUCGCCUCCGAGGACUGGUUCGUGUUCCGAGGGGACAUGGUGGAGAUUCUGUCUGGGAAGGAUAAAGGCAAACAGGGGAAAAUCACCCAAGUCUUCAGACACAGAAACUGGGUCAUACUAGAAGGUCUCAACACGCAUUAUAGAUACAUUGGAAAAACUGGGGACUAUCGCGGGACCUACAUCGCCAGUGAAGCACCCAUCCUGCUGCGGGACGUCGGCCUCGUCGACCCCGCGGACAGGAAGCCCACUGAAGUGGAGUGGAGGUUCACAGAGGAGGGCGAGAGGGUGCGAGUGUCGCUCCGGACUGGUCGUAUCAUACCCAAACCAGUGGUGGAGCGGCGAGAUGGCAUCGUGCCUCAACAGUGGAAAGAUGGUCCCAAAGACACAAGCCCAGAGGACACACUGGAGAAAACCUACACGCCCUCACUGAAGAUCCUUGAGGAGGAGGUAAUGGAGAAGAUGGGCAUCCAGGAGAACAGGCGGCACCGGCGCUCUUACUGGUACUGAGCCUGGACGGCAGACGCACUUGUUUGCCCCUUUCACCCUCGUUUGAAACGGAUUGUGUAUUGUUAUAUCAUGAAUAAAUGACACAUUUAAUACUC